UGUUCGGAUUCAGUUGUUGGCGAGUCGCGUAACAGUACGGAGCUUCCUUCUUAUUAACGGCCAAAGAAAGCGAUACUGUUGUACGUCUCGCCCUCUUUCUCCAACUCUUUUCCUUUUUUUUCUUCCUUUCUUUUUCUCGGUAAGAUCACUCGGACAUAUCUGUCGGUUAAUAGGUUAAGAAACCUUAUUGUUUCGCUUGCGUUUUCACGCUCGCGAUCGUAUCACGACGAAAUCUAGUGGAGUGCGCGAUACACUUUUCAUUUUGUUUAUUAUUUAUUAAUUAAUCGGCGUUACAUGUGGAUACAUUUGACAAAUUAAUUCGAGUGUGUACAUAAAUCAAGGAAAGGCCUGACAAAGAUCGAAAAAUAUGUCUGCGAAGGCGAUUCGUGAGGCAACAGGCAAAGAGCUGUUAAACCGCAAACUUGUCGCCGACGCAGCCAAGUGCCUCUUCGUCACCAUCACCGAAUCAACCAAUUGGACACAAGUUGUCGAUGAGAAUCCCUGGCUCACUAAGACGCAGCUGGUCGUCAAGCCCGAUCAGCUGAUUAAGCGCAGGGCAAAGCUCGGCCUGAUAAAGGUAAACGUCGACCUGGACGAGUGCAAGCAAUGGAUUGCCGAGCGCAUGAACAAGGAGAAGCAUAUCGGCAAGACCUACGGGAAGCUCAAGACCUUCAUCAUCGAACCCUUCAUACACCAUACACCCGAGGAAGAAGCGUACGUUUGUAUUUUCUCACACAGAUCAGCGGAUACGAUACUAUUUCAUCAUAAAGGUGGUAUUGAUAUUGGUGAUGUAGAUGCCAAAGCCUUAAAACUUGAAGUUCCUGUUGAUUCGGAAGUUCCAAGCACUACAAUUAUUACGGAUAGGUUACUAUUGCACAUAGCCAAUGAGAAAAAACAAAUGUUAGCUAACUUCAUCCAGGCACUGUACAAAUUGUACGUCGAUUUAUAUUUCACCUACUUGGAAAUCAAUCCAUUGGUUGUCACUGAGAAAACCAUUUAUAUUUUGGAUCUUGCUGCGAAAUUGGACACAACGGCAGAUUUUAUUUGUCGACCAGAUUGGGGUGAAAUCGAUUAUCCGCCUCCCUUUGGCAGAGAUGCCUACCCGGAGGAAGCCUACAUCGCAGAUUUAGAUUCUAAAUCUGGUGCCAGUUUAAAAUUGACGAUUCUUAAUCCUAAUGGUAGAAUAUGGACAAUGGUUGCUGGUGGAGGAGCUUCAGUCAUUUAUUCCGAUACAAUUUGUGAUUUGGGUGGCGCAUCGGAAUUAGCUAAUUAUGGAGAAUACUCGGGAGCGCCCAGUGAACAACAAACUUAUGAAUAUGCCAAAACUAUAUUAAGUCUAAUGACGAAGGAAAAGCAUCCCGAAGGAAAGGUUCUUAUUAUUGGCGGAGGAAUUGCGAAUUUUACUAAUGUAGCAGCUACGUUUAAAGGAAUUGUUAAAGCUCUUCAACAAUAUCAAUCGAAAUUAGUCGAACAUGAUAUUAAAAUAUUUGUAAGAAGAGCUGGACCAAAUUAUCAAGAGGGCUUAAGGAUAAUUCGUGAAGUUGGUAAACGCCUUCAGAUUCCUGUUCACGUCUUCGGCCCGGAAACUCACAUGACUGCAAUUUGCGCGAUGGCUAUGGGCAAAAAGCCUAUUCCCGAUCCAGAGGCUCAAGAGUUUUCAACGGCAAACUUUUUACUACCUUCGGGCCAGGACGUCGGCCCAUCUGUGCCGCCGUCUGGCUCGACAACACCAUCUUCUCCAACGAAGCAGCCACGCGUACAAAAGAGCGAUUCCACGGAUUCGCUAUUUAAGCCACUAUUCAGCAGCAAGACAAAGUCGAUCAUUUGGGGAAUGCAAGCGCGCGCUGUUCAGAGUAUGUUGGACUUCGAUUUUGUGUGUCGAAGGAACGAGCCAUCUGUCGUCGCAGUCGUUUAUCCCUUCACCGGUGAUCACAAACAAAAAUUCUACUGGGGUCACAAGGAGGUACUGAUACCUACGUACAAGUAUAUAAAGGAUGCAAUGACGAAACAUCCGGACGCGGAUGUGAUGAUCACUUUUGCCUCAUUGCGGUCAGCAUACGAUAGUGCCAUCGAAACCUUAGAAUUUCCCCAAAUUAAGACAAUCGCCAUCAUAGCAGAAGGCAUUCCUGAAAACAUGACGAGGAAAUUAAUAUUGAGAGCACAUGAAAAGAAUGUGACGAUCAUUGGGCCAGCGACAGUUGGUGGCGUUAAACCCGGAUGCUUCAAGAUCGGCAACACAGGAGGCAUGAUGGACAACAUACUGCAUAGUAAAUUAUACAGGCCAGGUAGUGUGGCAUACGUCUCACGAUCCGGCGGCAUGUCCAAUGAGCUCAACAACAUUAUCUCAAAAGCGUCGAAUGGAGUGUUCGAGGGUGUGGCCAUAGGCGGUGACCGAUAUCCGGGCACGACAUUCCUAGAUCACAUAAUGCGCUAUCAGAACGAUCCCGAUGCGAAGAUUAUAAUCCUGUUGGGCGAAGUCGGCGGAGUGGAGGAGUACGACGUCUGCGAGGCUCUGACAUCGGGUCGGAUCACUAAGCCCCUGGUUGCUUGGUGCAUCGGCACCUGCGCGAGUAUGUUCAACUCGGAAGUGCAAUUUGGCCAUGCUGGCUCGAUCGCCAAUACGGACCUUGAGACCGCGGUAUCGAAGAACAAGGCGCUCAAGGCCGCUGGAGCCUACGUACCCAACAGCUUCGACAACCUCGGAGAUCUUAUACAUUCGGUGUACGAUCAGCUCGUCAAAGACGGUAUAAUCGUAUCGGAGCUCGAGCUACCACCUCCCACAGUCCCUAUGGAUUACAGUUGGGCGAGGGAACUGGGACUGAUUCGCAAGCCAGCGUCGUUUAUGACGUCGAUUUGUGACGAGCGGGGCCAGGAGCUGCUGUAUGCCGGUAUGCCGGUAACCGAGGUUCUCAAGCAGAACGUAGGUAUUGGCGGCGUUGUCUCCUUACUUUGGUUCCAACGAUGCCUGCCCGCGCUCUAUUGCAAGUUCUUGGAGAUGUCGUUGAUGCUGACGGCCGACCACGGGCCAGCGGUUUCCGGAGCACACAAUACAAUUGUUUGCGCCAGAGCUGGCAAGGACCUCGUCAGUUCUCUCGUAUCUGGAUUGUUGACAAUCGGUGAUCGUUUUGGUGGAGCUUUGGACGGCGCAGCACGAAUGUUCUCGGAAGCAUACGACACGGGUCUCCAUCCUCAAGAAUUCGUCAAUAAUACUCGUAAAAAGGGUAAACUGAUUAUGGGCAUUGGUCACCGAGUAAAAUCAAUUAACAAUCCCGACAUGAGAGUUAAACUAAUAAAGGAAUAUGUUAUGAAGAAUUUCCCUACAAAGCCACUGGUCGAGUACGCGCUUCAAGUUGAAAAAAUAACUACGACUAAGAAACCUAAUCUUAUACUUAACGUCGAUGGAAUUAUCGCUUGUGCCUUUGUCGAUAUGCUCAGAAAUAGCGGAAGCUUCACGAGGGAAGAAGCACAAGAAUACAUUGAAAUUGGAGCGAUAAACAGCCUCUUUGUUCUUGGACGAAGUAUAGGCUUUAUUGGUCAUUAUAUGGAUCAAAGAAGGUUAAAACAAGGCCUCUACCGCCAUCCUUGGGAUGAUAUCUCUUAUGUUCUACCAGAACAGUACAAUUGAGCAAUCGUGCUGCUUCAUUGCUAUCGAUGUCCAUCGUAAUCGUGUAUCAAUUAGAAAUGAAUCUCUACGUCAUAAUAAUAUUAAAUAAUGA